CAAAUUCCUUCCUGUUCUAACUCACUGCCUCUGGCCUGCUAAUAAAAGGAGGCUCAUCCUCACUGGAGAGAACUGUAUUUCUAAGCCUCGCUGCUCAGCUGCCACCUCCUCCCAGGUCCUGUGAGCCAUGAAGCUUCUUUUCCUGUUUCUUGCCAUUCUUCUGGCCACGGAACCAGUGAUGCCAGGAAAAUCUCUUCGCUGCAUGGCCACCAUUGGAACCUGUAGACACUCUUGCAAAAAGAAUGAGCACCCCUACUAUCACUGCAGAGAUUAUCAAACAUGCUGCCUCCCGUCCUUCAUGAGGAUAAGCAUUACUGGCACAGAUGAAAAUAAUGAAUGGUCUGACGGAAACUACUGGCCCCAAGCACCUUGAAGGGGGCCAUCACAAUCCUCAAACUUUCUGGGAACACAGACCUGCUGUUAGCCCUCCCUCAUUAAAAUUCGUGCA